CGAACACCACUGACCGGGUACAUCAAGGGAAAGUCACACAACCUACAUCAGACCUCAGACGUCUGAUUCAACCGUCUCAUUUUAUAGAUGAUAAUCUGAGGCCUGGAGGGGUUUAAGAGCAUCUGCAAAGAUAAACAGCAAAGGCGUGCUGGGAUUCCAGAAUUGGAGGAGGCAAAAUGAAGACUCUACUGCUCUUGGUGGGGCUGCUGGUGACCUGGGAGAACGGGCAGGUGCUGGGCGACCAGGCAGUCUCAGACAGAGAGCUGCAGGAAAUGUCCACCGAGGGGAGUAAAUACGUCAAUAAGGAAAUUAAAAAUGCCCUCAAGGAGGUGAAACAGAUCAAGACCCUCAUAGAACACACGAACGAUGAGCGCAAAUCAUUGCUCAGCAGCUUAGAGGAAGCCAAGAAGCAGAAAGAGGAUGCCCUAACUGAUACCAAGGAAACUGAAAUGAAGCUGAAGGCAUCCCAGGGGGUGUGCAAUGAGUCUAUGAUGGCCCUCUGGGAGGAAUGCAAGCCCUGCCUGAAACAGACCUGCAUGAAGUUCUACGCACGCGUCUGCAGAAGCGGGUCGGGGCUGGUUGGCCGCCAGCUGGAGGAGUUCCUGAACCAGAGCUCUCCCUUCUACCUCUGGACUAACGGGGACCGCAUUGACUCGCUGCUGGAGAAUGACAGGCAGCAGACCCACGUGCUGGACGCCAUGGAGGACAGAUUCAAACGCGUGUCCAGUAUUAUGGACGAACUUUUCCAGGACAGGUUCUUCACCCGGGAGCCCCUGGACACCUACUUCUCAUCCUUCGGCUCAUCCCCAAGGAGGUCUCUCUACUUCAGUCCCAAGUCCCGCUUGGCGCGGAACAUCAUGCCUUUCCCCAUGUUCAGACCCCCACACUUUCAGGACAUGUUCCAGCCCUUCUUCGACAUGAUAAGCCAGGCUCAGCAGGCCAUGGAUGGCCACCCCCACAGACUUCCUUAUGAGUUCCCGAUGGCGGAAUUCACGGCAGACCAUGAUAACCGCUCUGUGUGCAAGGAGAUCCGUCACAACUCUACGGGAUGCCUGAGGAUGAAGGACCAGUGUGAGAAGUGCCAAGAGAUCUUGUCAGUGGACUGUUCUGCCAGUGACCCCUCCCAGAACCAGCUGCGACAGGAGCUGAACAGUUCCCUCCAGCUUGCUGAGAAGUUCUCCAAGCUGUACGAUGAUCUGCUCCAGUCCUACCAGCAGAAGAUGCUCAACACCUCCUUUCUGCUGAAGCAGCUGAAUGAGCAGUUUAACUGGGUGUCCCAGCUGGCUAAUCUCACUCAGAGAGAAGAACUGUAUCCUCUCCAGGUCACUACGGUGGCUUCCCACAGUUCUGACUCCAGUGUUCCCACUGGCUUCACUAGGGUGGUUCUGAAGCUCUUUGAUUCCUACCCCAUUAUGGUGACAGUCCCGGAAGUCUCCUGGGACAGCCCUAUGUUUAUGGAGACUGUGGCAGAGAAAGCUCUGCAGGAAUACCGCCAAAAGCACCGCGUGGAGUGAGAUGUGACAGUUGCUUUUCCAAAUAUAGGGGCAUCUGAGCCUGGUUGCCCCUGAGAUGAACCACAGAUCCCCCUAGAGAGAGCUCUGCAUGUCACCCAGUGACCAGGCCCUGACCUCGAAGCCCUUCUGACCCCGCCCCGCCUCUCCUCCCUCUGGAUUCUGCACUCUCAUGCCUGCCCUUGCUGAUCGUGGAAGGAACAUCCCCUGCAUGCUACUAACUCAAUAAAACUGCACGUGUGCUCUGCA